ACGAUUCAUUCGCGAAUCGGGCAUCGCCGCUCACAUCAGCCACUGCAGCCAGCCAAACCCCCUCCGCCCGUGCAGACGAUGGAGGAGCGGAUCUGAUCUCAUCGGAUCUACCGACAAACAUGCUGCUCGAUCAAACCCGUUUCCCCGGCAAAAUUACCAGAACGAGCGACUGAUUGAUAUGUGAACUGAAUCAGGUCGCAGUCAGAUCCAGUAGAAGUCGCGGUCAUGUACUCCGAGUGGCGGUCUUUACACCUGGUGGUCCAGAGCGACCAGGGCCACCUGAGUGUGUUACACACUUACCCAUCGGGCGUGGGUCGAGACGUGGCAAACGCUGUGGUGCGUCCUCUGGGAAGCAGCCUCGGAGGAGCGCCGUCCGAGUGCCUCCUCAAGACUGACAAGGAGGUGAAAUGGACCAUGGAGGUGCUGUGUUACGGCCUGACGCUCCCCCUGGAUGGAGACACGGUUAAGUUGUGUGUGGACGUCUACACUGACUGGAUAAUGGCCCUGGUGUCUCCACGAGACUCAAUACCACAGCCUAUCAUUAAAGAGCCCAACCUCUAUGUCCAAACCAUCCUGAAACACUUGCACAACCUUUUCCUGCCCAGACCAGAGCACUUCAGCCUGGUGCACUUUAAAUUGUGUCAGCAAGUGUUGUCUGCGGUGCAGAAGUUGGCACGUGACUCGUCCGGCAUGGCCAGAGAGACAUGGGAAGUGCUGCUCCUCUUCCUGCUGCGCAUCAAUGACACACUACUGGCCCCGCCCACUGUGGGAGGUGGUAUAGCAGAGAAGCUGGCAGAGAAGUUGAUCAGCGUGCUGUUUGAGGUUUGGUUCCUGGCCUGCACGCGCUGUUUCCCCACGCCGCCCUACUGGAAGACUGCCCGAGAGAUGCUGGCCAACUGGAGACAUCACCCUCCGGUGGUGGAACAGUGGAGUAAAGUGAUCGCUGCUCUCACUUCCAGGCUGCUGCGGUUCAUGUACGGGCCAUCAUUUCCUCCGUUUAAAGUGCCAGAGGAAGACGCCAGCCUCAUCCCCGCUGAGAUGGACAACGACUGUGUGGCUCAGACGUGGUAUCGCUUUCUACACAUGCUCAGUAACCCUGUGGACCUGAGCAAUCCCGUCAUAGUGAGUUCCACCCCGAAGUUUCAGGAGCAGUUGUUGGGGGGAAACGGCGUUCCUCACGAGGUCAUUCAGCACCCCUGCCUCAAACAGCUGCCUCAGAUCUUCUUCAGAGCCAUGAGGGGCGUCAGCUGCCUCGUGGACGCGUUCCUCGGUAUAUCCCGCCCCCGAUCGGACAGUGCUCCGCCCACACCUGUCAAUAGGCUCAGUAUGCCGCCGCCCACAACGACAACCAACACCACCCCUCCUCACAACCGCAGGCACCGCCCCACCGCUGUUGCGAAGACAACCAGCAAAGCCUCAACGACUGGCCAGACCAAAGUGUCGCACCAGCCGUCUUCCACAUCCCCUCUCUCCAGCCCAAACCAGACGAGCUCAGAGCCCCGACCGCUACCGGCUCCAACCCGACCAAAGGUCAACAGCGUGCUGAACCUGUUUGGCCAGUGGCUGUUUGACGCUGCGCUGGUUCACUGUAAACUCCACUCCGGUCUGAGCAGGGACAGCAGCAUGACCGCAACAUUUUUCCAAAUUCUUCUUUCUUAUAAAUCUUCCCUGGCCACUCAAGCUGGAGUUGAACUGAGACGUAAAGGGUCUCAGAUGUCUACGGACACCAUGGUGUCCAACCCCAUGUUUGACGCCAACGAGUUUCCUGACAAUUACGAGGCUGGUCGAGCCGAAGCGUGUGGGACGCUGUGCAGGAUCUUCUGCAGUAAGAAGACUGGAGAGGAGAUACUUCCAGUGUACCUGUCCAGGUUCUACAUGGUCCUGAUCCAGGGUCUUCAGAUAUCAGACUUCAUCUGUAGGCCGGUUCUAGCAAGCAUCAUCCUGAACUCUUCGGCUCUGUUCUGCUCAGAUCUCAAAGGGAUCAAUGUUGUGGUUCCGUACUUCAUAUCUGCACUGGAGACCAUCCUGCCGGAUCGAGAGUUGUCUAAGUUUAAGUCAUAUGUAAACCCUACUGAGCUGAGAAGAGCUUCCAUCCAUAUCCUGUUAUCCAUGCUUCCUCUUCCUCACCACUUUGGCAACGUCAAAUCGGAGGUUCUGUUGGAAGGGAAAUUCAGCAAUGAUGAAACCUCGCUCCAUGACAAGGCAGUCACCUUCCUCUCCCUGAAGCUGCGAUUGGUCAAUAUUUUGAUUGGCGCCCUGCAAACAGAGACAGACUCGAUCAAUACACAGAUGAUACUAGCGGCGAUGCUGAAUAUCGUCCAGGAUUCGGCUCUGUUGGAGUCUGUUGGUGCCCAAGCUGAAGUGGGCAGUGUGGAUGGAAGCCAUUCUCUGGCUAAGAGCCACAGUCGCAAUAACAGCGGCAUCAGCAACGCUAGCGCAGGCAGCUCCGAGGCCACAACUCCAGACAGCGAACGUCCCGCCCAGGCCCUGAUGAGGGACUACGCUCUCCACACAGACACGGCGGCCGGGCUGCUGAUCCGAAGCAUCCACCUGCUCACCCAGAGACUGAACUCCCAGUGGAGACUCGACAUGAGCAUCUCACUGGCCGCCCUCGAGCUGCUGGCCGGCCUCGCCAAGGUGAAGGUGAGCGUGGAGUCGUCUGAUCGUAAGCGUGCGGUCAGCUCUGUGUGCAGUUACAUCGUGUAUCAGUGCAGCCGUCCCGCUCCGCUCCACUCCAGAGACCUGCACUCCAUGAUCGUCGCUGCCUUCCACUGCCUGUGUGUCUGGCUCACCGAACACCCCGACAUGCUCAAUGAGAAGGAUUGCCUGAUUGAGGUGUUGGAAAUUGUCGAACUCGGUAUCUCGGGCAGUAAGUCCAAAACUGGCGAACAGGAAGUGAAGUACAAAGGAGACAAAGAGCACAACCCGGCGUCUAUGAGGGUCAAAGAUGCUGCAGAGGCCACGUUAUCAUGUAUAAUGCAGGUGUUGGGUGCGUUCCCGUCUCCCAGCGGCCCCGCCUCGCCCUGCAGUCUGCUGAACGAGGACACGCUGAUCAAAUAUUCCCGACUCACCUCCACGUCUCACAGUAACUUCAGAUACUUCGUCCUGGAUAACUCCGUCAUUAUCGCCAUGCUGGAGCAGCCGCUGGGAAACGAACAGAAUCCCUGUCCAUCAGUCACCAUGUUAAUCAGAGGCAUGUCCGGUCGACACGCAUGGACGAUGCAGCUCUUCCAUCAGCCUCGAGGGGCAAGAGCCAAUCAGAAGCAAGUGUUUGUUCCUGAAAGCCGACCCAUUCCCAAAAACGACGUAGGGAUUCGGUUUAACGUCAAGCACAGACCGUUCCCAGAAGAAGUGGAUAAGAUUCCGUUUGUGAAAGCUGACCUGAGCAUCCCGGAUCUCCAUGACAUUGUGGAUAAGGAGUUGGAGCAGCAGCACGAUAAGCUGCGAGCCGUGAUGGGGAAGCAGAUAGAUUAUGAGACCAAACUGGAGCACUACACAGAGGACUUAUGGAGGAAUAAACCCUUCCCAGACCCACUGACAGACUGUAAACCUCCACCUCCUGCUCAAGAGUUUCAGACCGCACGCCUCUUCCUCUCGCACUUCGGCUUCCUGUCACUAGAGGCGCUUAAGGAGCCAGGAAACAGUCGACUGCCUCCUCACCUCAUCGCUCUGGACUCAUCUGUGUCAGGCUUUUUCGAUGACAUCGGAUACCUGGACCUGUUACCGUCCCGACCGUGUGACACCGUGUUUAUCUUCUACAUGAAGGCUGGACAGAAGAGCAGUCAAGAGAUCUUGAGGAACGUGGAGUCAUCGGCAAACGUGCAGCCACACUUCCUGGAGCUGCUGUUGUCUCUGGGAUGGCCGGUGGAGGUCGGGCAGCAUCCGGGAUGGACGGGCAGUGUGUUCACCAGCUGGACCAUCAACACAUCCAACGGUGCUGAAACACCAGAUGAUUCAGUGACUCUGGGCGACACCGGCGGUGGUGUGUUUAACGGAGAGAAGCGGGUGCUUUACUACGCAGAUGCUCUGACAGAAAUCGCAUUUGUCGUACCGUCUCUCAGCGACUCAUCCGCGGAGUCAUCGGAGCACAGCUUCCCCACGGCAGACUCGGACUCUCAGAUGGAGCUGUUACCCAGUUUACUGAAACAGCCCAACCUCACGCUGGAGCUCUUUCCCAACCACUCUGACAACAUGGGACCUGUGCAACGGUCCCCUACAGUGAAAAGCAAGAAGUUGCCGUCCGGCCGGCCGAUACCACCAUUGGGACCGGAUACCAAAGUGUUGGUCGUGUGGGUUGAGCGAUACGAUGACAUAGAAAACUUUCCUGUGUCGGAGUUACUGGCGGAGACGAGCACCGGGGUGGAGACGGCCGUCAAUAGCAGCGCUUCCAGGUCCAGCUCCUCAGAGAAGGACGUUCCCAUAGUUUUCAUCCAUCCACUGAAGACCGGUCUGUUCCGGAUCAAACUACAUGGUGCUAUGGGCAAAUUCAACAUGGUCAUUCCUCUAGUGGACAACAUGGUGGUUAGCAGGAGAUCACUGGGAUUCCUGGUGCGACAGACUGUUAUAAACGCAUGUCGGAGGAAACGUCUCGAAAGUGACUCUUACAGCCCACCACACGUGCGGCGGAAACAGAAAAUCGCAGAAAUCGUGAACCGCUAUCGUAACAAACAGCUAGAGCCUGAGUUUUACACCUCGCUGUUCAUGGAGGUCGGUGAGACGAGCCUCAACCCAUAAACAAACACGCAGACGAACGCAAACGAAGGUGGAAUUAAUCUGCACUCGAGUUGGUGGUUUUGGGUGAAUUACGUUUUUAACGUUGAUUGGCCAAAUACUUGAUCAACUUAACCUCUACACGAUCAGUGCCCACCUGACAGGAUGAUUAUUGUUCCGUAUCUUAAAACGGAGCCUUUAUUUCUCCUGUGAAUCUCACAAAAACCGUCAAGGUUACAUUUCACCCCCAAAAUAAAUUAUAUUCGUGCAAAAUAUAUAUUCCUAUAUUUUGCAUAAAGAAAAUAAGCCUGUUUUUAGGUUGUUGUUUUUUUUCUUGUUAAUUACACUUUUAUUAUGAUUUUUGAGACGUUAUUUUCAUGACAUUUAAGCUCAUUUUCCCCCAAAUUCACAUUGCAUGUAUUUUUUUUGUUUAUAAUAAAUUACUUUUAGAAUUAAUUUAAUAAAUAAUCAUUUAUAUAGAAUAAUUUUCAUUAUUCUCAAAUGUGAUUCUCAUUACACUAAUACCAUAAAAACACUGUAGUACAAUUAUUUUAUUUCAUUUUAAAUUGGCAUAAUUAAAAAGCAGUGCAACAAAUACCACCAUGAUUUAUAAAUACUUUGAAAUGUAAAUAAUAAAUCAUUAUUCUUUGCACAUUACUGUAAUGAGUUUUUUGCAUUGUGUUGAUGAGAAUGUCAAUUAAUAUCAAUGUUAAAAACCAUCUUAACUCCUAAAAACAGGCUUUAUUUUUCUUCAAACAAAAUAUAAUUUAUUUUAGGAGUGAAAUCUGACUCGUUGAGCGGUUUCGUGAGAUUCAUCCCGUUACUGUACUUCACAAUGAAUGACGUUUUAUUUGAUCAUGUUUAUUAUUUGAAGGACUGCCACAGUAAGAACGUCCUCAUGUGAAGCCGUUUCCUGUAGAAGCACUAUUGAAAUGAACACUAAUCUCCAGCAGCCAAUGAUGUGAUGCCAGUAGCUUCCUUCCUGCACACGUCGUCUUCAUCUUCAGAUCAUUCUUCAUCAUGUCCUUCAGUGCGCUCACCUCAGCACUGCUUGCUUUCUUUCCGAGAAUUGCUGUCUGCAGACAAUGAGGAAUGUAUGGGAGCUUGUUUCCGCCAUGAAAUAAAAAAUAAAAAAGGUAAUUGCAACUUUUUAUCUCACAAUUAUGAGAAGCAAUUAAGUUUAUGUCUCACAAUUGCUAGAAAAAUGUCAGAACCUUGAGAUAUAAAAAAGUCAGUGUGCAAUUCUGACUUUUUUCUUGCAAUUACGAUUUUAUAUCUUGCAGUUCCGAGAAAAAGACAAAAUUGCAAGAUAGUUUUUUCUUGCAAUUUCGAGUUUAUAUCUCACAAUUGUCUUUUUUUGUAAUUGUGAGUUAUAAACUCAGAAUUGUAAGAUAUAUGUACUUGCAAUUGCGAGAAAAGUCACCUGACAAUUCUGACUUUUUUUCGCAAUUACAAUUUUUUUUCUCGCACAGUUUUAUAUCUUACAAUUGUGAGAAAGUCAGAAUUGCAAGAUAUAUUAAAAAAGUCAGAAUUGUCAGCUGACUUCUUAUAUAAUGCAAUUCUGACUAUUUUUAUCUUAAUUCCGAUUUUAUAUCUCACAAUCCUGAGAAAAAAAAACUGAGAUAUAAACACAAUUGUGAGGGGAAAAAAGUAAGAAUUGCAAUAUAUUAAAAAAGUCAGCUGACAAUUAUGACUUUUUCUUGCAAUUGUGAGUUUAUAUGUUACAAUUCGGACUUUAUAACUCGGAAUUACAAGGAAAAAGUCAAAAUUGUCCGCUGACUUUUUCUCACAAGUUUAUAUCUCACAAUUCUGAGAAAAAAGCUGCGAUAUAUAAACUCACAAUUGUGAGAUAAAAAGUCGCAACUUUUUUUUUUAUUAUUGUUCACUGGCGCUUUAAUAGGAAUGACUAAGAAACAGAUAUUCGGUCGUGUCCGAGGACGACGGAGGGCUUGACAUUUUGAUGCCGUAAAUUGCCAAAAGCAAAGAAACUUUUCAGCGGGCAGGUCCUUAUUGGCUAUUGAUGCGACUUUACUUUGACCCAUAAUGCAUUUCAGUCGAAAGACAUUAUAAGGGCUUAUCAUUUAUUUAUUUCUUUUACUUAGUUUUUCUCACAUAUUGUGACUCACAUUUUUUCCCACUUUCUCAUUCGCCAGGUUUCAUUUAUUCAGCAUUUUUAUCUUCAAAUCAAGCUGAAUUCGUCAAUUUGACCUGUUUACCUUGUCGUUUCAUAUUCUAGAAAGCACUUUUAGAUACAAAAUAUUCCCGUUUCCAUCCUCAUUCUGGUUGGCCUGUAUUUAUUUUUUUCUGUUUUCAUUAUAAAAAUGCCUUUAUAUACGGUGAUCACCUCUCGUGUCAUAGAAUAAUGAGGCGUCACCCAAACACAACGCCAGUUUUGAUCUCCGGUUAUUCAUGUGGAAGAGAAUUAAAAAUCCCGUUUUUGUGCUCAGAAGCUCCCUAUUAACACAACGUUUCUUUUUGUAAGAACAAACUGUAACGACCCACAUCCAGCGCACAGGAUGGUUGCUCGACGGCGUCUCUUUUUCCGUGUGUAAAUAUUGACGGCAUGGACUUUGUAUAAAGUUUGACUUUCUAUGUAAAUAUGCGGGUGUGAAGUUCUGCUCACUCAUCUUAUACUAUUGAUUAGGGACGGCACAACGGAUGAACGCUUGUUUUUAUUUAUGCCAUCAUCAUAUAUGUGUCCAAAAGGAACAUUGGAUAUUGAAUGUAACACAUGUAAUGAAAUAAAGAUUUUAAUUAAAUUCUUAUCAUAUAA